CUCUCCGAUUGGACGGUUUGGAGGAGGCGUUGCCGGAAGGGGUGAGUCUGAUUGGCGAGGCGUGGCCGAUGGUGUGCGCCGAACAUGGCGGAGCGCGCUAGAAAACGGCCGUGCGGCCCGGGUGAACAUGGCCAAAGGGUCGAGUGGCGAAAAUGGAAGCAACAGAAAAAAGAGGAGAAAAAGAAGUGGAAGGAUCUCAAGAUGAUGAAAAAACUGGAGCGGCAGAGAGCCCAGGAGGAACAGGCAAAGCGCCAGCAGGAGGAGGAGGAGGCAGCUGCCCAGAGGGAGGAUCGGGGGCGGCACUACACCCUGAGCGUGGCCUUGCCGGGCUCCAUCCUGGACAACGCCCAGUCGCCCGAGCUUCGCACCUACCUGGCUGGCCAGAUUGCCAGAGCCUGUGCCAUCUUCUGUGUGGAUGAGAUCGUGGUGUUCGAUGAAGAGGGCCAAGAUGCCAAGACUGUGGAGGGGGAGUUCAGGGGAGUUGGCAAGAAGGGGCAGGCAUGCGUGCAGCUGGCCCGGAUCCUGCAGUACCUGGAGUGUCCACAGUACCUAAGAAAGGCAUUCUUCCCCAAGCAUCAGGAUCUACAGUUUGCAGGGCUCCUGAACCCCUUGGACAGCCCUCACCACAUGCGUCAGGACGAGGACUCCGAGUUCCGAGAGGGUGUCGUGGUGGACCGGCCCACACGGCCGGGCCAGGGCUCCUUUGUCAACUGUGGCAUGAAGAAGGAAGUGAAAAUCGACAAGAACUUGGAGCCUGGACUUCGGGUGACAGUGUGGCUGAACCAGAAGCAGCUUCCAGAGAGCAAGACCUACCGUGGAAAAGUUGUGUCGUCGCAGGACCCCCGCACCAAAGCUGGUCUCUACUGGGGCUACACCGUCCGCCUGGCCUCCUGCCUCAGUGCUGUGUUUGCUGAGGCCCCCUUCCAGGACGGCUAUGACCUGACCAUUGGGACAUCAGAGCGAGGCUCGGAUGUGGCCUCCGCCCAGCUUCCCAACUUCAGGCACGCUCUCGUGGUGUUUGGGGGCCUCCAGGGGCUGGAAGCGGCAGUGGACGCUGACCCCAACCUGGAGGUGGCUGAACCCAGUGUCCUGUUCGACCUGUAUGUCAACACCUGCCCCAGCCAGGGCAGCCGCACCAUCCGCACAGAGGUGAGCCCUCCUGCCUCCCUGGCCUCCAGGCCCAGCCUGUUCAGCCACCAGCAAGGGGCCGGAGCCUCGGGUUCUGUCCAUGGGGGGGUUGCACCACUCUCCUUGUCCCCACCCCACCCACGGCCGCCCUGAGCCAGCCUUCUUGGGAGUGGUCUCACCCACGGGGCCUCUCACCACAGCAGAACUGCAGCAGGGAGUUCCCUGGUGGCUUAGCGGGUUAAGAACUUGGUGUUGUCAUUUUUGUGGCUCUGGUUGCUACUGUGGCAUGGGUUCCAUCCCUGGCUUGGGAACUUCUGCAAGCCAUGGGUGCAGCCGGAAAAAAAAAAAAAAAACAAGUGAGCUAGGAGUCAAGAAUCCUGGGCGCUGCUACCCAUCCAGCUGCUCCCAGGCUGGCUGACCCCGGAGACCCCGCCCAGCCCCGCUCCAGGCUCGUUUCCUCGGCUGUCUCCUUAGUGUUCCACCUCCAGGGCAGCCCUCCUCACAGACCCUCACUGGCACCUCUGUCGCAAUGGGGACAAGAGGGGACCAGCUCUGAGAGCCUUCAACCUGGGCCCCAACUUCUGAGGACAGCACAGAAUGCUGUGCUUGUGGCACCUACUAGGGCAAGGUGCCCUGGCUUCCACUGGGCUCAAAGGUUGGAGACUCAUCAGGGAGACAGCCUCCGUCUACUUGUCCCCAAGAGCCCUGCUGGGCCAGGUGCCCUGAGCUUGUCAGCCACAGCCCCCCAGCAGGAAGCCCUGCUCCCCCCCUUGACAGCUACACAGAGGGUCCUCCUGCCCGUUGCCUCCCCCGUCUCCAGACCCCAGGGGGGAAGGUAUUGUGAUGAUCAGCCCCAUUUUACAGAUGAGGAGACUGAGGAGCAGAGAGGUGAGGCCCUUUCCUGGCAGGGCCUGCAGUGGCCAGCAACAGAUCUGCCAGACAAAGCCAGGCCCCACUGAGGGCCCCACGCCCCAAGGGGCUGGGGCCUGGGAGCCGGGACACCCGGGAGCCUCCCAGGCGCCAGCCUGUUGCUGCACUUCU